CGUUUGUUUGUUUGAGUGACUCAGCAUACUUGGUGAAGUGAGAGAGACUCGUUUUGUGAUUUUGAGGUUCAUAUCCUGUCCAAUUUAAGACCCUCCUGCUCCAAAAUUUCGCUUUGGUCAAUUAUUUAUGAGCAUGAAGAUUACUGGCCGCAUCACAAUUCUGUUAGUGGGUUUAAUUCUUCCGCUCGUUGCAGUUAGCGGUUUGAAAUGCCAUCACUGCCUAAGCUCGUCAUCGCUGUAUGAUUGUGGCAAGUCAAGCGAGAAGAUUGAAUGUCCUGAAAUAGCAGACAACUGCGCUAAUAUUUCCACUGAAGUCGAGGCUAGCGUUGGUUCGAUUAAAAGCUAUUUCUACGGCUGUGCUACCAAGAAAAUGUGCGACGAUGCCAGGGAACAACUUAAAGUGUGUCAAAAGAUCAGUGGUGGAGGCUAUAAAGUGAAAUGCAACAUCACUUGCUGCAAUGGAGAUUUAUGCAGUCCAAUCGUUACUUCACAAAGUACCAUGCCACUUUCAGGCCACUUUUUCCUACUUCCUGUAAUAAUUUCCGCUCUUUCUUAUCUUAAAGACUACUGAACAGCAACUGUUUUGUGCAUCUCGAAUUUCCCUUACCAAAUGCACUUUUCAUUAUUCAGAUUUCGUAUUUCAUGUUGGACGAGAGAUAAAAAAAAAGGUGACUCUUGAAUUAGCCUCGUUGUUUAAGUUAUUUUUCAACUUACUCGAUGAGGAGAGAUAAAACUUCAUGAAUACAGUAGAUCACACCAUUCUAAAAAAUUGUAUUGUUGCUGUGGAACUUAGGCAUACACAUACAGCAACGGCUUCCUUUAACCGGAUUGGAGAAAAAAACGAUAAAAUAAAUAAAUGUGUCAA